AUGACUGAGAACACUUUCUUUGACAACUGGGCUGGCAGAUCGGUUGACUUUGCUACUGCAGGGACACCUUCAAAAUGGAUUUUGACUGAACUACUCAGCGAAAAGAAUAGUCAGGUUCAUGGAGAUGACUUCUUCAAGAAUGGAUGUAUCGGCGGUGCAUAUGGCACAUUCUUGUGUCACAACGUGACGGACAGUACCCAGCGUGGUGUGAUGAAAGUACUCAUGCAAGUUCCUUGGGAGGGAUCCCAAUAUGCGCCGGCUGAGCACAGGUCUAGUCAAGCCUCUGGCUCUUAUGAGCUGGACUGGAAUAUAACUAGUCAACUGAACGCGCUGAUAACCCUAACAAGCAAUAACUGUCUAUCCACCCCGCGGAUUCUGGAUCUGAAAUACGGCUGGCAGGAGACAGCAGAUCCAGUGCCAGGGGGAUAUAUUAUUUUUAUUCUUAUGAGCUAUCUCCCUGGCGUACAGCUGACCAAGGCUUUCUGGGGUCUAGAAGACUCAGUACGUGAGCAGAUACGUCAAGCUUUUAAGCUCACCUGGCUCGAUUGUGUUGGCUCUGGAAUUACACCGGCGCACCCAAAUAUAGAACAUGUUUUCUGGGAUGCAGCAGCGAACAAGGCGUACGUGGUAUUCCCUGUUAACAAUGAAAAUGAGGUUUGGGCAUGCCUAAUGAGGAAUGCUGUCUACUUUAUUUAUAGUUAUAUUAUUAGCUUCAGAGAGAGUGAGCCCGCAAAACGAGAAGAUGUGUGGCAAGAUGUUAAUUGGAGUCUCUGGGGCAUGGCAAAGCCUCAGGAAUCUUAUAAUUCUCAACCGGAUGAAAGCAAGUGGAUGGAUUCUUUGACCCUGCGGUAG